GUCUUUCAUCUUCCAUGAGAGGUUAUAGCAUGACACUGUACAGAUUUUCGAAUAUAUAUGUAUUUGAAUCGAGUAAUCACACAUAAAUUGAAUAAAAACUUGAUUUAAGUAUAUUAAUAUUCAUUAAGACAAACAAAAUUUAAUUAAUCCAAUUAAAUACACCUAUUUUACAUCAAACAUAACACUUUACAGAACAUUUCACAGUUUGAAAUUGCUAACCAUUCAUAAUAAUCUUACUACAUAUAAAUUAUUAAGCCUUAAACAAUAUACUACUUAAUUCUACUACUGAUUAACGAAAACAUAACAGUAUGACUGAUCAUCAUCAUCAUCAGUAUAUUACCAAUCAGAAACAUUCAUCUGUGGAUGGAAAUUGCACAAAAGAUGAUAGUAUAGCGUUUAGUAAUGUCGGUGAAGGUCGUACAUCCAAUUCAGGUAUACUUAUUGAAAAUGAACGUAAAAAUGGUCAAAAUUCAUUUCAGUUAUGGAAUUCACAUACUUAUAGUCAUGUAGGAGUAUGGAAACCACGUAAUCGAUGGGAAAACUUUCUUAUCAUUGCAAUCAUUAUUGUAUUGACUUUGUUAAUUUUAUUUAUCGCUUUGUGGGGAGUUCAACUGGCUGCUUCAAUAAAUCAACCAUGCUUAGAGCCAACAUGCAUCAAAGUUGCUUCAGAAAUCCUUAGCAAUUUGGAUACAAGUGUUUCACCAUGUGAUGAUUUCUAUGCAUUCGCUUGUAAUGGUUGGGUAAAACAGAAUCAUAUCCCACAAGGUCAUAGUAGUUGGUCUGUAAUGCGAAAAUUGUCUAAAAAUGGUGAAUACUUUACCAAAGAAUUACUAGAAAACUCAUCAGUCACAGAUACAAGUCGUGGAUUCAUGUUAGCUAAAAUUUAUUACCAUUCAUGUAUGAAUGAAUCUGUUAUUGAAAGUCGUGGUUUUAAUCCAUUGUAUGAAUAUAUAAGAAAAAUAUUUAAUGGUUGGUUACUAUUACCAGUUGGAAAUUCAGCCACAGGAAAUAAGAACACUGACUUUUUUCAUCCUGAUAAAUUUAACUUGACAGAAAUGUACUUACCUUUACUAAAGUACACGGGCUCAAUACCAUUAUGCCGUAUUUCAGUUGGACAAGAUCAGAUGAAUUCAUCACGAUUUGUUAUAGAUCUUUCAGAAGGAUUUGUUAGUUUACAACGUGAAUAUUAUGUGAACGAUUCUUAUCCAGCCUACUCAAAAAAAACUGAAGCAUUUCGACGCUUCAUGCGUAAUUAUUCACUAUUGCUUGGAGUACCAGACACCUCAUUGCAUGAAAUAGAUAAGGUUUAUGAAUUUGAAAAACAAAUAGCAUUGAGGACUGAAGAACGUAGUGAGAGGGAUCCAGAAAAAAAUUAUGAACUUGUCACGUUGCAAAGUUUAUCAUCUGUUUGUCCAGUGCUUGAUUGGAAUAAAUUAUUUAAUUAUAUUUACAAACCUUUAAACUUUACACUUCCAAAAAAUCAAGUGAUUGCAUUACAUGAUAAAACAUUCUUUCGAGAUAGAUGUGCACUAUACAUGAAAUAUCUACAAACAGAAGAAGGUAUUCGAACUCUACACAAUGCUGCAGUAUGGAGUUUUAUAUGGAAAACAGCUUCACGUAUGCCAAAAAAAGUCAGUGAAAUGCUAGAAGAAUACAGAGAAGCAGAUUCGGGAUUAAAAGUUGAUCCAGAUCGCUGGCAGACAUGUGUCACAGAAGUACACGUCCCAUUUGGGCUAGUGAUUGGAAGACACUUUGUUCAUGAGAGAUUUAAUCAGAAAAGCAAAGAAGCAGCUACAGAAAUGAUUACUGAAAUAAAGAAAGCUUUCAAAGAGAAUUUUGCUAGUGUCGAAUGGAUGCAAGAAGCUGACAAGCAUAAAGCAAUUGAAAAGGUGGACUCAAUGAAAGCUUCAGUUGGUUAUCCACAAAAUAUUAAUAAUCUAACAGAUGAAAAUAAGGAGUAUUCAUAUUACCGAGAUAUGAAUGAAUCAACUUAUUUUGAAAAUAGUCUAUAUUACUCUGAAGCAUUAUUUCUUGAACUAUUACGUGAAUUGAUAGAUCAAGAUCCAGACAAGUGGUCGUUACCAGUAAACAUUGUAAAUGCAUAUUACAAAGAAAAUUCAAAUCAUAUUUAUUUUCCCGCUGGUAUACUUCAGAGCCCAUUAUAUGAUCAUGAACAACCUUUGUCAUUAAAUUUUGGUGGGAUCGGUAUGGUUGUUGGGCAUGAGAUAACUCAUGCUUUUGAUCAGCAUGGUGCAAAGUUUGAUGCUAAAGGCAAUAUGAGAGAUUGGUGGAGUCCGGAAACGUUGGCAGCCUUUGAAAGGAAUUCACAGUGUAUGAUUGAACAAUACAGCAAUUAUUCAAUCCUCAACACAAGCCUCAAUGGAAAAAUGACUUUGGGAGAAAAUAUCGCCGAUAAUGGAGGUAUCAAGGCUGCUUAUAAAGCUUUUAAAAAGCUUGAAGCCAAAUAUUCAGACAAGCCUAUUUUACCUGGUCUCAAGUUCACACCUGAUCAGUUAUUUUUCAUUGGAUUUGCACAGCUCUGGUGUUUUAAAAGCCUCCAUCAAUCAAUUCUUAAUACAGUACUCUUUGAUGUACACACAGUAGAACAGUACAGGGUAAUUGGUACUGUAACAAAUUCAGAGGAUUUCGCUAGAGUUUUCAAUUGUCCUGCUGGAUCACCAAUGAAUCCAAUUAAAAAGUGUAAUGUAUGGUAAAUGCUUCUAUUAAUUCUACAGAUUUUCACUUCAAAGAAAUUAAUCUAUUCUCUCUUUUUUCAUUCCCACUUCUUUAUUCAUUCCACCACUUCAUAUAAACUUUUAUCCGUAUUUAUUAUUGUUACUCUUAUCAUCUUCAUUGUUAUCAAUAUUAACAGCAUAAUUAUGCAAAUAAACAAAGGUGAUUGAACCUGAUUCUACUGCUUUACCUAUAUGAUAUUGUCUUAAAAGUAGUAUGUCGUAAUUUUUCAACUUGUGUGUAUGUAUGUGUAUGUGGUGUUGAAGAGGAUAAAUGUCUUGAUAUUACUUUUACAAAGUUAAGUAAGUAUUUGUUUUAAGUGUGGAUAUAUUUCAUUGUUUGUUCAUUUAUACGGAUGCGUGAAUGAAUACUUGUUUUGCAUGCUUGUGUAUGCAAACAAAUAGUCAUGUUGUUUUUUUUAUCGACAUUGUUAAUAAUUGAACAAUUGAACACUGAAUUCAUAAGUACACAUAAUUUAUUGUAAUUUUCAAAAAUUAUGAAGAAUGUAUCUUUGUGAUUAUAUUAACUAAAUUGUUUGUGAAGAUCAUCUUACUUGUUUGUUUUCUCAAUUUGUUUGUAUGAUUCUAUCAUUAAAUGUUUUUUCCUCAUCUCAUUUAUCUUUCUGUUUAGUAUGUGUUUCUCUGUGUUUAUUUGUGUUCGCGCCAUUGUGUGCGCGCUUGCCUUGAAUUGAUCAGUGACAAAAACGAAACAGACUUAUUUUAUUACUUCUGUUACCCUUAUAAUUAGUUACAGAUAUCUAAAACACUGAAAUAAGCUGUUCGUAUUACACUGAGUUCAGUUUGUUAAUUGUAUUGUUUUACUGUCUAAAUAAGGUUUCUGUUUUUUAAAAAUUUUCAUGCAUGCAUAUAUGUGCGUAUGUUUAGUUUUCAUUUCACCACUGUGCAACGUAUUUAACAGUUUAGCAAAACGGUUUGUUUUUCAUCUCACUUAUUACUCGUUAUUCUGCCUUUAUUUCGAAUGAACCGUUUGAUAAUAAUUAUUAUUAUUAUUAGUC